UCAACAACAUUCUUCAUUAGGGUUUUCUAAGAGUCCUAUGAUGGAGAGUAACCCUAGACAAACUGUAACUGCUGCUCUUACAUACCCUAUAGAUGAUUGCAUUCCCUCAACUUCGUAUACUUACGAUGAUUAUUUCUCGAGGCUUACUGAUUAUGAAUACUUUGGCAGUUUGCCUCCGGGUAUUCGAUUUGUGCCUCGUGAUGACGAACUUAUUGAUGACUACUUGAUCAAAAAGAUCAGGAAUGAGGAGCUGCCUCGGAACAAGAUUAACGUCCUUAACCUUUACGAGUUCAACCCGGAACAACUUGCUAAAGAUUACGAGCCAGCUGGACCGAAUGAAUGGUACUUCUUUACCCCAAGGAAUAGAAAGUAUAAAAAUGGGCAACGGCCAGAUCGAGCUGCAGGUGAAGGAUACUGGAAAGCUACCGGGGCUGACAAACAAAUUAAACGCAAUGGUGAAAUUAUCGGAUAUCAGAAGGCUUUGGUAUUCUACGACGAAAAACCAAAGGGUGUGAAGACUUCCUGGAUUAUGCACGAAUAUCGAGUGAAUAAUCUUCCACCCCGCCAACGAAAGGGUGCAGAUGACAUGAAGUUGGACGAUUGGGUUUUGUGUAAGGUCUACAACAACGAGGGAAAAUGGAACAACGCUAGAAAACGACAACGGGCCAACAAAAAUCAGGUUCAAGAACCAAAUAACGGCAAUGAUCAAGCUGCAGCAGGGCAGGAAAAGAAUGAUCAUACACUAGAAGUUCAUCGUUUUCCUCCACACAGUUUUCCAAAUUAUCGGAAUCCCUAUAACGUGGUUUACCCAGAUGUUUAUGAUGUUCCUCCAUAUCAGAAUGCAGAGAUAUACAGUAAUCUAGCUCCGAUUACCAUGUUGUCACCAAUAAAUUCGACUCACGAUCUAGUGUCAAUGGAGCAAUAUCACGAGUCAUCAGGAAUUCCAACGAUGGAUAGGAACAAAUAUUUGGAUAUGGAAUCUUUGCUGCAUAUGGAGAAUAAGCCCUAUGAUUACUCUCUAUUAUUCCAGCCCCGACCCCUAUAAUUCUUUUUAGUUUAUUUUAGAUAUUGAAUCUGCAUUAGACCUUAUCUUUUUAGUAGUUUUAGAUUCAGUUUUAGAUUUUCAUUUGAUUCAUUUUUAUUAUCUAAGAAUAUGGAGAUUAUUUAUU